AUGUGUAGAUGGGGCUGUACCACAACCAACACCACGUACAUGUGUAAGUGGUGCGGGACGAGGUACUGUAAGGAGUGUCUCCAUGGAGAUUUUGUCGGACAGAUGAAGGAGCCGACAAAAUGCAGAAUAUGUAACCAGAUUCGGUGUCAAGGCACUCGAGUGGAGUAUGUUCCCAAUCAAAACAAGCAGGAAGACGGCGACAAUAAACGCGGGAAAUCGGCUCCAGCUGGAAGGGGGCGUUCCCCAGCGAAAAGUGCAAGGUCCACAAAGUCGGCAAAGGGAUCCAAAAGUGCCAAAGGAAAGAAGUCGGGAAAGAAAGCAGGAAAGAAAAAGAAGAAGAAGUAA